UUUGCGUCCGUCUCCAGGGCCGGCUCCGUAUUUCUGCUCUACUGGCUCAUGAAAGAAAGAGGCCGCCUGUAUGAAGGAAAGGGGGCGAGUUGCUCGUGAGGAGGCACGGCCUCGCAGCGCGGCGGCUUAGACUGGGGUUCUGCCAUGGAGAAUCAAGUAUAUGUGACUUUUCUCUUCUCACUCUCCGUAUUGUUUUGUGAAGCUCACAAUGGCUUGGGGUCAUCCACUACUGCACAGACUCCAGAGAAACUCAUCCCUGAGAAAGCAGCUGGUAUUAAUGUUCAUUUGGCCACACACAUGCAGAGGCAUCAUCUUCAGGAACUCUUCUCUCGUUACGGGGAGAACAGUACAUUGACUGUUGAAGGGUUUAGGAAAUUGCUACGUAAUGUGGGCAUUGAAAAGAUUAAAAAAGUGACCAUAGACCAUGAGCACCACCACCAUCAUCGUAAGCAUGUUAUGCGUGGCACAAACAUGGAGAAAACAGGUUGCCUCAGCGAUGAAUCUUUUGGUGUAAACAAAGACCUCCGGAAUAGCCAGACAAAGAAUUUCUCUAGAAUAGAGAGUACAGGAAACCACCAGGGUUCUGUGAAUAGCAAGAGCACAACAGUAACUAUAAUAGCAUCUGCUUACACCACAGCCACAGAAGGCAACCCUCUUGUCCAACAUUCAGAGACUGUAGAAUUGAAGGCGUCACACACAGGAUUAGGCAGCACCAAUCCCAGCAUUCUCCUGGAAAGCAGCAAUGCGAGUUUGCUUGCAAAUGGAAAAGCAAACGAAUCGCUUUCUGUGAGGGAAUCUGAAAGGGGAAGUUACAUGUAUUCUAAAAUAAGAAAACCAAGUACCCAAGAGUGCUUCAAUGCAUCAAAACUGAUGCUUUCCCAUGGAAUAAACACACAAGUUACGUUGACAGCUUCAGAAUUUAGCUAUCUUUGUCCUGCUAUUGUUAACCAGAUUGAUGGCAGACACUGUAUAAUUCACGCAACGAGCGAAAAGGCGGAAUCUCCUCCAAAAACAUAUUCAUUGCAAGUAGCUUGGAUUGGAGGAUUUAUAUCCAUCUCUGUCAUCAGUUUUCUUUCAUUACUGGGUGUUAUAUUGGUGCCACUUAUGAAUCGUGUAUUUUUCAAGUUUCUUCUAAGUUUCCUUGUGGCCUUAGCGGUUGGUACCCUAAGCGGAGAUGCUCUUUUGCACCUCCUUCCACAUUCUCAUGGCAAUCAUCAUCAUCAUCAUGAGAAACCGUUCAUGGAGCACAGUAAAGACCCUAUGCUGAGACAUCUUGUUUUCCAAAGUGUGGAAGAGAAUGCUUAUUUGGAUUCUACAUGGAAGGGCCUCACGGCACUUGGAGGACUAUAUUUUAUGUUUCUGGUGGAGCACUUGAUCACCUUAAUUAAACAAUUUAAAGACAAGAAGAAAAAGAAAAAAAAUGAUGAUGACGAAGCAGAAAUCAAGAAACAGCUGUCUCAGUAUGAUUCACAGCUUUCAACAAAUGAAGAAAAAUUAGAUGCAGAUGAGCGUCCUGAAGGCUACUUGGGAGCAGAUUCCCAAGAUCCAUCCAACUUCAUCUCUCAGAAGCCAGUAGUGCAAGAAGAAGAAGAAGUGAUGAUAGCUCACUCCCAUCAAGAGGCUGCUGACCAUGAAUACGCAUCCAGGGGAUGUAGAAACAAAUGCCAUUCCCAUUUACAUGACACUCUCGGGCAGUCAGAUAGCCAUCAUCACCAUGACUACCACCAUAUUUUGCAUCACCAUCACCACCAGAACCAUCAUCCACAUAGCCACAGUCAGCGCUAUUCACGUGAAGAACUUAAAGAUGCUGGUAUAGCGACGCUAGCCUGGAUGGUAAUCAUGGGGGAUGGACUGCACAACUUCAGUGAUGGUCUUGCAAUUGGUGCUGCUUUUACUGAAGGCUUGUCUAGUGGCUUAAGUACCUCCGUUGCAGUAUUUUGUCAUGAGUUACCACAUGAGUUAGGAGACUUUGCUGUUCUUCUUAAGGCUGGCAUGACUGUCAAACAAGCGGUUCUUUAUAAUGCCCUUUCAGCUAUGCUGGCUUACCUUGGCAUGGCUACUGGAAUACUCAUCGGUCACUAUGCUGACAAUGUUUCCAUGUGGAUCUUUGCACUUACAGCUGGGCUGUUCAUGUAUGUGGCUCUUGUUGAUAUGGUGCCUGAAAUGCUUCACAACGAUGCUAGUGACCACGGAUGUAGCCGCUGGGGAUAUUUCCUGUUACAAAACGCUGGGAUUUUGUUAGGUUUUGGCAUCAUGUUACUUAUCUCUGUGUUUGAACAUAAAAUUGUGUUCAGCAUAAAUUUAUGAUGUUUUGUUUACUUUUCUGAUGUUGACCUUGGUAUUGAAAAUUAACGGUAGGCACUUCUUCCUUCCCCCUCAGUUGCCCCCUUACUGGGCAUUUUUCUAGUGUGCAGUUGAAUACUGUGCAAUGUAGGGAAUCUGGUCAGUCAAGUAUCACAUUUUGCCAAAUGUGAUGGAACCUAAAACUGUAAGGGAAGAGGUUUUUAAUUUUUUUUAAUUUAUUUAAUUUUGUGAACGUAUCUACAGCAUGUCAUAAAUAAAUGAGGCUUUGUCUUUGUCCCGUAUAUGUUAUCAGCGUGGUACAAACUCAUGAAAUGGUAUUAUUUUUCAGUGUUGUUUAAAAUAGAAAAAUUGUAAAGUUGUGUCUUUCAUUCCUGCUGUUGAUGAGGGAAAUUAGUAUUCUGUACAUUCUUAAAACAGUAAAGCCAAUGUAACAAAGAGAUUUAAUGAACAAAUUGUCAUUUAGAUUGGCAUUCCGAUAUAACAGUUAAAUCAUAAAGUAUAUGCGGUUUUAAACAGGUAACAGUAGUUAAAUGUAAAACCCUUGUAAUAGGUCCAAUUUCUCCUGCUUCAAGAAAGAGGGGGUGAUAUACUUACCUCCUUCCAGAACAAUUUGUGCAGUUGCUUGUAGAAUGUAGAACGUUGCUUUGCUAUGUAAUGAGGUUUGGUGGAAGUAUUGGCAGAAAAUGGAAGCAGUAGAAAAGGGAGCAGCUUGCCAAGAGGGUGAUGUGGGGUAACACAGAAUUGUGAGUCAUGAGGAGUGGAUUGUGCAAACAAGAGCAUGGGGUGUGGGAACUGCAGGUAGCUCUGCCAUGAACUAUAUAUUGCAGAUAAUUUUGUCUAAAUUAAGUAGUGAUGUGUAUCUUACUGAGCUUUCAGCAGCCAAUCAGUAAAGGGCAGCGGGUUUAAUCAUGAAAACUUUUUCAGACUAUUCAUAUGCUUAAAAAUAGAAACACCAAUGGAAAGAACAUCCUUCACUUCCUGGGGAACUAGAUUCUUGAUAGCUGGACACUAUGAAAAGCUUUACACACACAUGUAAGAAGGAAUUGGGAAAGCUGAUAAGAGACAUUUCAUAGGCUAGCUUUGAUAGCAUGUUCAGUCAUCUGUCUUAUUCUGCAAUACUAAAUUAAUGAAAAUAAAUAACUUCUAAAAUGUCUUUAUGCAGGCUAAAUGCCACAUCUUUGCUUCAGUUGUCUUGAUGUUGUAUUUUAAAAGCAUUACAUCAUUACUUUAUAAUACUAUGCUGGUCUUGUUCAUGAAAGAUACCCUGCUGGAGCCAAGAAACUGUAGAUCUUCCCAACUUUCCUCUUUGGGCAAUGUCUAUUUCAGCAGUACUGCUUAAUAGUAUUUGCUUGAGGGGUGCUUUGCUCUUGCUUGCUUCACAGGGCAGAGCACUUAGCCUAAGUUAUGCAGAGAGGAAGGUCAGGAUUUAUUACAUUUUUAUUCCGCCCUCCCCGCUUUCGCAGGCUCAGGGCGGAUAACAGGAUGCUGCUGCUUCCAUCUCAUACUUGCCAGAAUGCUAGCACGGCAUAUUGUUUUGGUCCUGAGGCCCUUAGCAGUAGCAUCUUGGGCACAAGGAGCUGUUAGAAGAAAGCAGUAAAAAUCACUUCUGCCGAUUCCAUCUAUAUGUAUAAUAUAAUCUACAACUGAGUAUCUUGUGUGGUGAGAUAAUUAGGCUUGACCUAUGAAUCACAAGUCUCCACAGCAGCAAUUUGUUAUUGUAAAAAGUGGUUUUUAGUCCCUAUCCCUCUAAAAGUCUUUACUAUUUAUUUAAAAAAUCCAUGUUCACAAACGGAAAUAAAGCUGAGAUACUGAGUUUGAGGUGUGCAAUAGGCAUGUGCGGUUUGGGAAUCCAAUUUGGGAAAAAUGCCAGAAUCGGACCUGAUCCGUAAAGGUUCUGGCCCCAAUUCAUAAAGCAUGCUGGCCCCGAUUAGAAAAUCCCGAAUCAAAGCUUUCUGAAGCAUUCAUAAUGCUUUGGAAAGCUUCGGGGCUGAGUUUAAAGGGCCCCGCAGUUGCUUGCAAGCAGUGGCGGGGCCCUUUAAACAUCACCCCAGCCCUAGCCCCCCACCUCAUCCACCUCCACUUACCUUUGCAGCAUCAACAGCAGCGGUGGCUCCGGCCCUCCCUGCUGCCCCUGGGGCUGCGGAGCAGCAGAGGCAGCGGAGAAAGCCCUUCCUGCCCCUCAAAUGGCCACUGCGGUGCCGCGGCCAUUUGAGGGGCAGGAACGGCAGGAGGAGGAGGCUCCAGCCCUCCCCACCUCCCUGCAGGCUCAGGAGGCAGUGUGGUGGCAGAGGAGCCGGCUGGCUCCAGGCUGUCGCAGCUGCAUGCUGCCGCCAUGGUGGUGGCCCGCUGCCCAACUGAUCUCCCUCCCCCUCUGGCCAGGUAAGUGGGUGGAGGUGGAGGGGUUGCCCCAGGGAGGUGGGGGUGGGGGAGUUGCUCCCCCUCACUUCAGUAUGCGCCGAAUAUUUACGGAGCAUACCGAAGCGAGUAAAAUACCAUAAUUCCUAAGCAGCUUGCCUCUUCGGAAUUACGGUAUUUCCGAAUUUUUUUCCUGCUUCAGGUAAACCCGAAGCGGAAAACCCGAAUCUUUUCAGGAUGCACACCCCUAGUAUGCAACUGUCAUGGGCUCUGACAGCAACUUAGCAAUUUUAAUACAGGGCUUCUAUGUAUAUUUCUGUCUAGUACCAUUCAUUCUGAUCAUCAUCCUGAUCAUCAUACAAAAAUAGUUUUACAAUUGUUUGUGUAACAUGAGUGCCCGGUAAUACAGCAGGCUUUUCUACGUUUUAAUAGUAUAAUAGGAAAUUUUUAAAAAUCUGUAUAUUUGAGCUAAAUUACACUGAUUCUAGAAUUAACCAUACACACUCUGCUUUGUCUGCUCUAUCACUUGUUCACUUAAGAAACAGUCUUCAGAGAAGCAAAGACUGGAAGAUUUAGUGCACAGUGCAAAAUUAUCAAGGCAGUUGAUUUCGCUCAUUGCUUAUCCUGGACCUGCAGAGAGUGAGUUGGAUCCAGCCAGCUCUUUUGCUGGAAUUGCUUGGGCUAAUUCCUCUCCUUCCUACAGCUCCCAUUCCACAUGGAUUUUGUGUAUGUAUGUUCCCCAGCAUAGCCUUCAGGUGGUCAAAGGGGAGCUGUAAUGAUUUUAAGUGUGUGUAAGAGAGAGAGAGAGAGAGAGAGAGAGAGUAAAUGCUUGGUAUGGUACAGAUGAAGAGGGGGCGUGAGAGGGAUGAGUGAGUGAGAUGAUUGGUUGAUGACAGUGUCUGGGUCGAGUGAACUGCAGUUUUUAGUUACUGAGUGGAGAAAAAAGAUGCAGUCUGGGAAAAGCAGGCAAGCUGUGUGCAGCCUGAGCAUGUUUAACCAUUUCUGAGAAAUAUAACCUGUGUGGAAAUCUGAACUCUGUGUCUGAAAGAAAACAUUCAUUAUCUCUAAAGCAGGCAAAUUGUGUACACCUGAGAGAAAAUCUAUGUAUAUUUGAGUGAGAAAUUGAUAUCUGAAGCUGGCAAACUGUGUGUGCAGCCUGAGAAAGUUUAUGAAGAUUUGAGUGACUGUCUAUGAAAAGAAACUUUAAGAACAGAUAAUACUCUUUGAAACCAUCAAGCUUAAGAAAUCAUAUGAAACCGAUACGCUUCUUGUAAAAAUAAGUUGUUUUUAAAGAAAUGUAUCCCAGAGUAUAUGUUAUCCCCAUAUCCCAUUCCUAUCCUCGGGGCCACAUAGUCCCACGAAGGGGUCUAAUACUUGGGCAUGUUAUUAAAGGGGAAAUUUAAGUUAUUUUGGAAUAUAAUUUCUGGUGGCAGCAAUCUGCCUUGCGGGGGCAAGAAGAAAAGGGCUAAAGGCAAAAUCUAAUGGAAAGACAGGAGGUCGUAACAGAACCCCCUCUCCUCCCUUUUUAACUUGUGGGAAACAUUGGUUGGAUCUAAGCCUGGUGCAAUGUAUUGUACUCUGCUUAAUUUACAGUCAAUUUCCCUUGUACUUUCCCCUGCCUUGGGGUUUCUCAGAUGGUCUCCCUUCCAACUAGGUACUGGAUUGCAACCUAACAUUUGAUUUUAAUGGAGCAAUCAAAUGUAUCUCACUGGAGCAGCAAAACCUGUGCUUUUGUAUGUUGCGAUCAUGGAUGCCUUAUACUGAGCAAAUGCUGGAAAGGUUUGGAAGAGUAAGUGCGGAGGGUGGGGGGGGCAUUUGGAACUGCCUUAUCUUAGUUCUGUUUCUUGCACUUAAGAUACGGAAGAAGAGUAGACGAGAACUCUUUGCAAAAAGUUUACCCGUUUUAAAAGUUUACCAAUUUUUAAAUCUUUCGGGGUAAACAGUCUUAUUUGCAGGAGAUUCCUAGAUGCUAAAAGCACUUGAGGUGGAUCUGAUGCAAUGUGCAGCUAUGAGGUGAUGUUAAUCAUUUCUUCUUACAAUCUUUCUGGUUUAAAUCAUAUUUCCCUCUUGCCUCUAUUUGCCCUUAAGUGAGAAAUACAUUGGUAGCCAUGUAAUAAAAAGCAUAAAACAAU